AUGGGCCGUGGGCCCCCACCACCCACCCCUUCCUCCGCCGCCGCCGCCGCCGCCACCACGACCACCAACCUCCUCGGAAAGUAUCAAAUCAGCCGGAUGCUGGGCCGCGGCAGCUUCGCCAAGGUCUAUAAGGCCCAAACCAUCGCCGACGAGACUCCCGUCGCCAUUAAAAUCAUCGACAAGCUCAAAACCCACGCCGCGAUGGAGCCUCUGAUCCUCCGGGAGAUCUCCGCCAUGCGCCGUCUCCAGGACCACCCUAACAUUCUCAAAAUCCACGAGGUCAUGGCCACCAAGUCCAAGAUCUACAUCGUCGUGGAGCUCGCCACCGGCGGCGAGCUGUUCGCCAAGAUCUCACGGCACGGCAAGUUGCCGGAGUCUCUGGCCCGCCGCUACUUCCAGCAGCUCGUCUCCGCCCUCCGCUUCUGCCACGAGAACGGCGUCGCUCACCGCGACGUGAAGCCGCAGAACCUCCUCCUCGACGGCAACGGCGACCUCAAAGUCUCCGAUUUCGGACUCUCCGCCCUACCGGAGCAGCUCAAAAACGGCCUCCUCCACACCGCCUGCGGGACUCCGGCGUACACGGCGCCGGAGGUGCUCUACCGGGUCGGGUACGACGGGUCCAAGGCCGACGCGUGGUCCUGCGGCGUCAUCCUCUUCGUCCUCCUCGCCGGACACUUGCCGUUCGACGACAGCAACCUGGUGGCGAUGCACAAGAAGAUCCAACGCCGCGAUUACGUCAUACCGGCGGCGAUUUCGAAACCGGCGCGGCGGAUCAUAUACCAGCUCCUCGACCCGAACCCGAACACGCGGCUGAGCGUGGAGGCCGUGAUGGAGAAGGCGUGGUUCCAGAAGGCCAUAGAUCUGAAGCUAGUCUCCGACGGCUGCGAUGUCUUUGAAUUGGAGAAGCCGCCGGCGAAAUGCGACGUCGUUUCGGGGAUGAACGCGUUCGACAUAAUAUCCAUGUCGUCGGGGCUGGACUUGUCGGGGCUUUUCGAGGCGGAGAACAGGAGCGAGAGGCGGUUCACGGCGAAUGUGGCGGCGGAGAAGGUGGCGGAAAAGGUGGGGGAGGUUGGGGAGAGGAUGGGGUAUAAAGCGGAGAGAGGGAAAGGAGGGAUGAGCGUUGGGUUGGGGAAAGGAGGGAAAGGGAAAGGACGACGUGUCGCUUUGGUGGUGGAGAUGAUGGAGGUGGCGGCGGGUUUGGUUUUGGGGGAGGUCAAGAUGGUGGAGGGUGGUGUUGAGUUUCCUGAGCUGCUUUGGGAGGACUUGAAGACUGGGUUGGGGGACGUUGUGGUGUCUUGGCAAAACGGUGGCGUUUAGGUGUGGUGUACAUAAUCUCAUGUGGGUUUGGAUUCCUAGCUUGUACACGAAGAAGAAAAAAAGGCUUCGAUAACUAUGGAGAGGUUAAAUUAGUGAUGUAAAUCAGAUUAGUGCAGAUGUUGCUCGGUGGUAUUGAUAUUUGAUUAAUCAAAUUUAGUUUCAUUUUACAUCCCCAUAUCCUCUAGAUUGUUUCAUGUUAAAAUUUCAAAUUCUGCUU